AUGGCGCCAGUCAUCGACAGCUCAGUCGUUCCUGGCACCGUGACUCUGGUGGACGUGAAUCAUGUCUUACAUACCCGGCACUUGGACCAUGGAGACCGUGACAUAGUAUUGAUCCCUACCCCAUCAAAUGACCCAGAUGACCCCCUCAAUUGGUCUCGAAGACGGAAACUUCUGUCAACUGCUUGCGUGAGCAUCUAUACACUGUUCUCAGGAAUUGCCUGCUCCGUCGUUUACUCAGUGAUUACACCGCUACACGAACAAACGGGAUUGCCCAUCAGUACCUUGAACGAGGGAAGCGGGUACAUGUUCUUGUUGGCCGGCUGGGGCUUGCUGUUUUGGCAACCUUUCGCUAUGCAGUAUGGCAAGCGUCCGACGUACAUGUUGUCAUUGAUAGGAAUCUUGGGUAUGACGAUGUGGGGACCAUACGCAAGCACUAAAGGUCAAUGGCUCGCGCGAAACAUCGUCUUGGGUUUCUUCACAGCACCCGUGGAAGCGCUUCCUCAGAUCUCCGUCACGGACGUGUAUUUCACCCACGAGCGAGGAGCAUACAUGGGUCUUUAUGCAUUCUUCUUAGCAGGAAGUAACUACUUUGCGCCGGUCAUCUGUGGCUUUAUCGCCCAGUACCAGGGCUGGCGAUGGGUAUUCUACUGGCCGAGCAUCUUCGUUGGCUGUGCAACUAUCUUCCUCUUCUUUUUCUGCGAGGAAACAAACUAUACUCGCACACAGCCCGACGAGCCUAGGUCUAUCAUAACCACAGAAUCCCCCAAACUUAGCUCGGACGGCGAAAAGGAGAAAUCUGCCGCUGUUGACAUGGAAGCUGCCGCUGGGGUUAGUAUCAGGUUGGGCCACACCAAGAAGUCGUAUGUGAAGAAAUUGGCGCUUUGGGGACCGAGCCAGGAGCAGAACACUUUGUUCCGGCGACUCUGGCAGUGUAUUUACUUCCUCUCAUGGCCCGUUAUCUUCUACGCUGGCUUCUCUUACGGAUCCUAUCUGGUAUACUUCAACAUCUUGAAUGGAACAGCCUCUAUCAUUCUUGGCGGGGAGCCAUAUAACUUUGGAUCUUCCAUGGUCGGUCUGAGUUAUGUAGCGCCCAUCAUCGGGGCAAUCCUGGCAUCCUUCUUCACUGGCCGAUUCAGCGACUGGCUCACUAUCAAACUUGCCCGCCGGAACAAUGGUGUCAUGGAGGCAGAGCACCGUCUCUGGCCCUUCCUCGCUUGUGUGGUGCUUGUGCCUUGUUCCCUUAUUCUUUGGGGUGUAGGCGCUGCCCAUGAGAUCCACUGGUUUGGGCUCAUUGUUGGAAUGUGCAUUCUGGCCUUCACGAGCACCUGUGGCAUUACGCUUAGUGUCAAUUACUUUAUUGACAGCUACCGAGAGCUGAGUGGCAUUGCCAUGGCUAGUGUGAUUCUGGUUCGAAAUACCAUGUCUUUUGCAAUUGGAUAUGGUAUCACGCCUUGGAUCGAUAACAUGGGGUACCAGAACUGUUUCAUCUCUGCUGCCUUUAUUGGCAUGGCAUGUGCUUCAGUCUUCUUCGUUAUGAUCAGGUUUGGAAAGACAUUCCGCGAACGUUCUCGCGAGCAAUACUGGAAGCUUGUUCAAGAGAACUGGGAGAAGGGCAUGUGCAAUUAG